ACUUAGCUGGGGUUCACCUCUGCGUUAUCGCAAAAUAUUAAACCGGUUGCGCAGUUGUGAGUUGUUCAAUUGCCCGUAUACCGAGCUCUGUUGUGGUCACUAUCUCGUUAGCUACCAAGCAAUUAAUCAGCUGAAAUCUGUAAAAAUAGUGAACAUGUCGUUGAAGAAGGAAAAAAUUGGCAUUGUUGGCAGUGGGCUCAUUGGCCGCUCCUGGUCCAUGUUGUUCGCCUCGGUGGGGUAUCAGGUAGUUUUAUAUGACAUUUUACCUGAGCAGGUGUCCACUGCCUUGAGCCUAACCCAAAAGGAGCUGCAGAACCUGGAAUCGAAGGGGCUGCUUCGUGGCAAAAUGACCGCCGCCCAACAGUACUCCUGUAUUUCAGGAACGAACGAUCUCAAGGAGCUGGCUAAGGGUGCCAUUUUUAUACAGGAGUGCAUUCCCGAGCGUCUAGACUUGAAAAAGGCGCUUUAUAAACAGCUCGACGAGGUGGUUGGUACCAAUACCAUUCUAUCAAGUUCCACUAGCACCUUCCUUCCCUCUCUCUUUAGCGCCGACUUGAAGAACAAGGCCAACGUUUUGGUGUCGCAUCCAGUCAACCCACCCUACUAUGUACCGCUUGUUGAAAUUGUGCCAGCUCCAUGGACAAAACCGGAAUGGGUACAAAAAACCCGAGCUCUUAUGGACGAAAUCGGUCAGAAACCAGUCACGUUGUCCCGGGAGAUCGAGGGAUUUGCCUUAAACCGCAUUCAAUACGCUAUCCUGAACGAGACGUGGCGUCUGGUCGAGGCUGGCAUUCUGAACGUCAAGGACAUUGACAGUGUAAUGAGCGAUGGUUUGGGAAUGCGCUACGCCUUUUUGGGCCCACUGGAAACUGCACACUUGAACGCCGAGGGUAUGGCAAACUAUUUUGAACGCUAUUCUAAUACCAUCUAUGCAGUAAGCGAGACCAUGGGGCCGACACCCAAAAUGGAGGGUUCAGUAGCAGUUGAGGUGGCCAAGCAGUUGGACGAAAUGGUGCCCUUGGACCAGUUGGUCGCCCGCCGCAACUACCGGGACAACUGUCUCACCCAACUUAGCAUUCUUAAGAGCCAACUCAAUAAGAAACAGUAGACGAAUUAUUUUUUGUAUGAGUUUUUAUUAUCGUUAUGCUACCGAGAUUUUUGUUUAAAAUAGGAACUUCAAUGAAUUAAAAUGAAACUUACUGAAUCACAUAAAUAAAGAGAUACCUUAAA